AUGUGUUUCGCUAUCACAAUAGCAUCUGCAGGUGGAUUAAGAUAUUCUUGUCAAGAAGAAGAUUACAGUAAGAGUGAAGUUAAACAGAAAAGCCACCUCAAGGAACAUAUGAAUUCUGUUCAUUCGAAAUUCAAAAAUGAAAAAUGUCACUUGUGUGAAUAUGCUACGGAUCGGAAACAUAGUCUAAAAGUGCAUGUAGAUGCCGUACAUUUGAAGAGUUUGAAAGAACUCAAGUGCACGUACUGCGAUUACACUUCAACAGACAGCAGACACUUGGCCGCCGUUAAUUUAAAUUUGAAGGAACACAAGUGUCACUUAUGUGAUUAUGCCUCGAAUCAUGAGCAGACUUUGAAAAUACACAUCGAUUCUAUACAUUUGAAGGCGAGCAAGUGCUGGUAUUGCGAUUACAUUGCGAAACAGAAAAGCCAACUCAAGGAUCACGUAGAUUCUGUUCAUCCGAAUCUUAGACAAAACAAGUGUAACUUAUGCGACUUUGCUACGAUGCGAAAACAGAAUUUAAAAAGGCACGUAGACGCUGUACACUUGAAUAAUUCGGAGAAACACAAGUGUGACUAUUGCGAUUACACUGCGACAUUUAAAGAUGCCCUUAAGAGACACAUAAAUUCCGUUCAUUUAAAUUUGAAACAACACAAGUGUCAAUUGUGCGAUUAUGCUUCGAAUUAUCAAUAUCGUCUUAAGGUACAUAUAAAUCGUUGUCAUUCGGAUUUGAUGGUGUGUGAUUAUUGCGAUUAUAUUGCGAAAUGGAAGUUUGAACUCAAUAACCACAUGGAUUCUGUCCAUUCAAAUUUGGAGAAAUACGAAUGUCACUUGUGCGGUUUUGUUGUAUAUUCGAAAAAACAACUCAGGCAACAUACAAAUUCCCUUCAUUUGAAUCCCUCGGAAUACAAGUGCAGCUUGUGCAAUUAUAUUGCAGAUCAAAAAGAGAAACUCAAAUCGCAAGUCAAUUCUGUCCAUUUGAAGCGACACAAAUGUGACUAUUGCGAUUAUACUGCAAGAGGGAAAUAUCGCAUAAAGGAGCAUAUAAAUUGUGUUCAUUUGAAAUUGAAGCAGUUCAAGUGUGAAUACUGCGAUUAUGAAACCAGUGAUAAAGUUAAUUUAAAAAGACAUGUAAAUAUUAUUCAUUUGGAUUUGAGGAAAUACAAGUGUGACCAGUGCGACUAUGCUGCAAACUGGAAAGUUUUGCUGGACAAUCAUAUAAAUUCGGUUCAUUUGGGCUUGAAGAAGUAUAAGUGCGACAAUUGCGUUUAUGCUACUAAUAUAAAACAGCACUUUAAAAAACAUAUAAAUCGGGUUCACCCGAAUUCGAUGCAGCAUAACAGUGACCUGUGA